AUUUAAGAAACUAUUUACAACUAAAUAAUAAACAACUUACAUGGAAAGAAAGAAUUCAUAUUGCUGAAAAUAUAAUCGAUGAUAUUUAUUAUCUUCAUCAACAGGAUGCAAUUCAUAGAGAUCUGCAUUCGGGAAAUAUAUUAUAUCGUAAGUAUACCAAUGGUUGGUAUAUUGGUGAUCUCGGAUUUUGUGGGCCUAUUGAUAAACCUUUAAAAAGCGUAUAUGGAAAUAUUCCUUACAUAGCACCAGAAGUUGUGCUUGGAAAGAAAGUACUAAAGCAUCAGAUAUUUACAGUAUAG